CGGGCCCUCUCGGGGCCGCGCGGGGCCCGGGUGGAGGAGGCGACGGCGGCGGCGCGGCGGGAGGAGGAGGCCGCAGAGGAGGAGGGUGGCGUCCAUGAGGCCGGCCCGUGCCUGGAGGAGGAGGCCAUGAACGGCGACCGGACCGAGAGCGACUGGCAGGGGCUGGUGAGCGAGUACCUGGUGUGUAAAAGAAAGCUGGAGAGUAAGAAGGAAGCCCUGCUGAUCCUUUCCAAGGAGCUGGACACAUGCCAGCAGGAAAGGGACCAGUACAAACUCAUGGCCAAUCAGCUUCGAGAGCGCCACCAGUCCCUAAAGAAGAAGUACCGUGAGCUGAUUGAUGGAGAUCCAUCACUUCCCCCUGAAAAGAGGAAACAGGCUAAUCUUGCACAACUAUUGAGAGAUUCUCAGGACCGAAAUAAACGUCUGGGAGAAGAAAUUAAAGAACUUCAGCAAAGGCUUGGAGAAGUCCAGGGCGACAAUAAGCUCUUGAGAAUGACAAUUGCCAAACAGAGGCUGGGAGACGAAGAAAUCGGCGUGCGGCACUUUGCAGCCCAUGAGCGUGAAGAUUUGGUUCAGCAGCUGGAGAGAGCAAGGGAACAGAUUGAGUCUCUGGAGCAUGACCUGCAGGCCUCUAUGGACGAGCUUCAGGAUGUUAAAGAAGAGCGGUCUUCCUACCAGGACAAAGUCGAGAGGCUCAACCAGGAGCUAAACCACAUCCUGAGCGGCCACGAGAACCGAAUCAUUGACGUGGAUGCCCUGUGUAUGGAGAACAGGUACCUUCAAGAGAGAUUAAAGCAACUUCAUGAAGAGGUCAACCUCUUGAAAUCUAACAUUGCCAAAUACAAGAAUGCUCUUGAGAGACGGAAAAACUCAAAAGGCCAGGGUAAAUCCAGCAGCAGUGCUCUGACUGGAGUCCUGUCUGCAAAGCAAGUUCAGGAUCUGUUAUCUGAGGAUCACGGGUGCAGCCUCCCAGCCACUCCACAGUCCAUUUCUGAUCUGAAAUCUCUGGCAACAGCCCUGUUGGAGACAAUCCAUGAGAAAAACAUGGUGAUCCAGCACCAGAGGCAGACCAACAAAAUCCUAGGGAAUCGGGUGGCUGAACUGGAGAAAAAAUUAAGAACUCUGGAAGUUUCUGGUUUGUGGAGUCUUCCAGGAGGCAAAGACACCAUACUGUUUGGUGACCCCGCUCUUCCCACCACGCAGAGGUCGAGAUCCCCACUGCUCAAGUUCGUCGAGCAGCUCACUGAGAACAAAGCGAGUCCCAAGGAUGUGUGGUUACCAGCUUCCAAGAUGGCCCCAAUUGAUCUCCACUUCCUGGCAUUUGUGCCCUGUGUAGUCCUCUCCCACACUGUAUCAGCGUUGGUCUGUGUGACUGAUGGAUUACAGCAGAAGUGAUGGUAUGUGAGUUCUGAGGCCGAGUUCUGAAAGACUUGUGGAAUCUGCCUUACUGUCUCUACCUUGGAUCAUUCACUCUGGAGGAAGCUGGCUGCCAUGUCCUGAGGAUUCUUGAGCAGCCCUACAUCAUCUUCACGUGGCCUGGAACUGAGGCUUCCAGCCAUCAGCCACAUGAGUGCGCCAUCUUGGAAGCAGAUUCUCCAGCUGCAGUCAAGCCUUCAGAUGACAACAGCCCUGUUUAACAUUUUGAUGACAACCACAUUGGAGACCAUUUGCAAGAACCACCCGGAUAAACUGCUCCCAGGCUCCUGAGUCUUAAGCUGCUAAGUUUUGAGACAAUUUGUUAUACAGCAUUAGAUAACUAAUAUACCCAGCACACGGGUGUCACGCUUCUUUCCUGGAUUUCUACAUUUCCUCUCCAUCUUCUCUUGCUCAGAGUCAUGCCUGCAACCACACCUCUAUGAAAAUAUUUUUGAAACUUUUUCCCAGUGGGUCCCAUCUGCAGAAUUACAGUCCCAUAUUUCCCAAAGCACAAAUUUUCCCACCUGCAUAUUCUAUGGACUUCUCAAGUAUGACAUCACAACUCUUCCUGCUUCCUCUUUUUGUCACUUAGCUAUCCAACAGAGUCAUCAUCAACCACCGUCCACUUUCCUUCUCCAUCCAUAUCUAGUCUGCUGCUACUAUUUCUUCAGAGUUUCUUGUAUCUCCAUUUCUACCACCUCUGGCUUGGCUUAGGCCCUCUUGACCUUCUUGGCAAGGCUUCCAUCUUGGUUUUCCUGCCUCCCAGAAUCUCCUUACUCCCUUCCCGUCUUCAUCCUGCUGCUGUGGGAUGAAGCUUCUGGAGCACUGCUUUGCAUCAUGGUUGUACUCUGCUCAAAAAUCUCAAGUGGCUCCCAACUGUCUCUUGUUAGCUGUUGUAUAAUAAAACACCCCAAAACUUAGAACUUCAAGCAACAGCUAUGUAUUAUUUAUCCUGAGUCUUUGGAUCCGAUGGGCGGUUCUGCUAAUCUGAGCUGGGUUCAGCAAGGCUCACUCCUGCUUCUGUACAGGUGUGUUUUGAAGCCUAACCAGAUCACUCAUACUAGUGCAUGGAAUGGUAAGAAGAGAAGCCUGGACAGGUCUAGGAUUUCAACAGAGAGGUUCCCCAAGCACAUGCGGGAAGAAUUCCUGGAGAGAGCUCCUGACUUGUGGGGUUCCCACACUGGCCAGAAGACAAGGCUGGGACUUUCUAGCCAGCAGCAUGUGGCUGUUUGCAAGGCUGGCCUGUAACACACCGUAGCCUACUGUGCAGUCUGGAACAUGUCUUGGCUGGUGGUCAUCCCAUGCCAGCAUCCAGUUUCCCCAUGGAGAUCCAAAGCACUCUGUCUGAUGUGGCCUGCUGAGCCCCCGGGCAGGCCCAAGCCUGCUAACCUGACAUGGAGUCUGAGCCUGGCUUGAUUUUCAGAAGGGUAGCAUAAGUAAUGGCCUGAUUCAAAAUGAUAGCUUUCAGAGUUCCAUCAUUAGCUCUCAUUGUUCCAACCCUGUCCUUCGCCAGCACGGGCGGCAACAAGGAAGCAUUUAUGUAACUGCUGUCAGUGUCUGGGAUGCCCUCAUCACGGCUGCAUCUCUGAUUAAUUCCAACUGAAAGCAGCUCACACUCAGGAAGACAAAGCCCAUCAGAGACCAGUUAACAAAAGAAGAUGAAUGUGCCCUUCGGGCCAAUGUUAGGGGGGAGGGAACACAUUUUUAGAAGACCAGCAAUCCUUUCUACAAAGAGCUACUGUUUUUUUCUUUUAGAGAAAAUAUUUUUUCUCUCUGCACUAUUUGUGUCCUAAUGCAUUUGUAUCAGUUGAUUGCCUCAUCAUUAUUGAUAUGUAUAUUGUUAUUAAUAAGUAUUAAUGAUACUAAUUCUGUUUGCUAAAGCAGCACGGAAUAAUUACUAUUUGGGGGGUAAUAAUAUUUUUCAAUUCUGAGCCAAUUCAGAAAUCUUUCUUUUAUGGAAAUGGCAAGGGCUUCCCUGGUGGCGCAGUGGUUGAGAGUCCGCCUGCC